CCUGAAAAACUGGCUCUCCUUUCGCCGCCCCUGUCCGUGUCCAUCAUCUGGAAAUAUAUAACUGCGAAGAAAAACCGCGACUUGCUCUUGCUCUUCAGGACACAACAUAACGCCUACACGAAGUCCCGCUUCCCUUCUUCGUCACCUUCACCGCCCCUCCCGCCGCUGCUGUACAUAUCGGGCGUCGUAGGGAAAGGAAGAAUCGGUAGUUCCCGUUUGUUGUGUCCUCCGGCGAUCGGAGCUUCGUUCUCGUUGUUGGAUCGUUGUGCGGAGUGUCGUUCGCUGCGAUUCGCGUCGCGUGAGUUGAGGAUCUUUCGGAUAGAGUGAGGGACUGAUUGGAGUGUCGCGGGUCGCGGGGUGUCGAGGUACGGCUUGUUCUAGAUUUCGUUUGUCUGAGGAAAUGGUGCGGUCUUCGUCCCCGAGACCACCUGCGGCGCCGGAAGCCGCGACCCUUUUGCCGGGCCUCCCCAAUGACGUCGGAGCUUUGGUGCUUUCCUUCGUUCCUUAUCCACAUCACGGUCGGCUCAGGGCCACCUGCAAGUCCUGGCGUGUCUUUUUCUCCUCCAAGUCCUUGAUUUCGCUUCGCCACCGUAACCCUAAGGCCCUCUCUCACCUCCUCUGUGUCUUCCCUCAGGACCCGUCGAUUGCCUCUCCUUACCUCUUUGACCCACGCUCCCUGGCUUGGUGCCCUCUGCCUCCUCUCCCUCCCAAUCCUCAUGUUUAUGGUCUGUGCAAUUUUACUUCCGUUUCUAUUGGCCCCCACUUGUACGUGCUCGGUGGGUCGCACUUCGAUGCCCGGUCAUUUCCUCUCGAUCGCCCUUUGCCUUCUUCCUCGACGUUCCGGUUUAAUUUCUUCACCAACAGGUGGGACAGGCUCUCCCCGAUGAUUUCCCCGCGAGGGAGCUUCGCUUGCGUGGCUGUUCCCAACUCAGACCAGAUUUUGGUUGCCGGUGGUGGGUCUCGGCACAACAUGUUCGGUGCGGCCGGGAGUAGAAUGAGUUCAGUGGAGAGGUACAAUGUUGAGAGGGAUGAAUGGGUCGCAUUGGAUGGGCUUCCUAGAUUCAGGGCGGGGUGUGUGGGUUUUCUGGUGGGGAGCGGUGAACAUAGGGAGUUUUGGGUGAUGGGUGGGUAUGGCCGGUCCAGGACUAUCUCGGGUGUGUUUCCGGUUGAUGAGUAUUACAGGGAUGCUGUGGUGCUUGAGUUGAAUGAUGGGGGUUGUGAUUUUGGGAAGUGGAGGGAGGUGGGGGAUAUGUGGGAAGAAGGUGAGAGAAGGAGAUUGGGGAAGAUUGUUGUUCUUGAUGAUAAUGAACGGGGCAUGCCUGGCAUAUUUAUGCUUGAUGAGAAUGAUAUCUUCAGAUAUUGCAUGACGGCGAAUCGUUGGCGAAAGGAGUCCAGCGUCCCGACAAAGGCUCCAGGCAACUCCUCGUUCGGGUUUGUUGCGCUGGAUGGGGAAUUGUAUGUUAUGGCUCUUCUGAACGGAAACGACUUAGCAGAAAACCGACGGUCACGACCAUUCAAGAGGGGAGGAACACUGUUUGUUCAGGUUUAUUGUCCAAGGAUGAAAACAUGGCGAACUCUCUACGUGAAGUCGCCAUUCCAUUGCCCUUUGGAUUUUAGGACUGCAGUUACGUGCACCAUUCAUCUGUAGAGUGGAAAGUAUAGUCUGUAUUUCCUUCGAAGUCAUUUGUCGUACAUGAGCUGCGAUGGGUAGCUCACUGUAUAUGCUUAUGUAUAUGCCGAUGUACAGAUUUUACGUC